AAAAAAUGAUGGUAUUUGCUCUUCAACGUAACGAAAAAUAUAAUUAGAAAAUAUAGAUAUUAAAAAGAACUUUACAGUGAAUGUGACACUAGUGAUAUCUGACAUACGUCAGAAAUGCAUUUUCACAGAGACCGAACUUUACCUACAUUUUUGGUUGUUUUAUUUCUGUGGGGAAUAUGUGGGGAAUUAUCAUUUUUCUUUCCCCAAAUGUGGGGAAUUUCGACAAUGCGUUUGGGGAUUUUAGCAAAUUACUGUCGGCAACACUGGACAACGCACAACAGAAUUGCGAAUUGUUAUUGUAAAUUGUUAAUUCCAAUCAAUAGAGAAUUAUAACAGAUUAAACAUUUUACCAAUCUAAUUAAGUUUCAUUUAACUAUUUAUCAAUAUGGCUUUAGCCCUGCAAAGACGAGCAAAUGUACGCCUUCCCCCAGAAGUUAAUAGAAUUCUGUAUAUUAGAAAUUUACCAUACAAAAUAUCAGCAGAAGAAAUGUAUGACAUCUUUGGAAAAUAUGGAGCAAUAAGACAAAUUCGAGUGGGCAACACUCCAGAAACCAGAGGUACAGCAUUUGUUGUGUAUGAAGACAUUUUUGAUGCCAAGAAUGCCUGUGACCAUCUCUCCGGAUUCAAUGUUUGCAACAGAUAUUUAGUGGUUCUGUAUUAUCGAUCUAACAAAGCCUUCAAGGGUAUGGAUAUUGAGAAGAAACAGGAAGAACUGGAUACUUUGAAAAAGAAAUACGGUAUAUCCACAGAAGAUUUACGAAAAUAAAGUAGUAAUUACAAUAACAAUAUCUAUGAUGCCACACAGCAAGAUUAUAAGUUGAAUGAAAGUGAUGAUAGCAUAAUGUGAACACAUGUUACAUUUAUAUCAACUAAAAUAUAAAAAGAAACUGAACAAUUA